AUGAGCCAGUGGCAUCAUGCCGGUGGUCAUUGGGGCCAGGAUCGCGUCUUUUCUGGACAUUCGUCAGCCAAGAAGAAGGGCGGAAACCACAUCCCCGAAAGGUGGAAAGACUACCUCCCAGUUGGACAGAGGAUGCCUGGGACUCGUUUCAUUGCUUUCAAAGUUCCUUUGAAAAAGAGUUUUGAAAAGCAUCUUGCCCCAGAAGAAUGUUUUUCCCCCUUGGAUCUUUUUAACAAAAUCCAAGAACAGAAUGAAGAACUUGGACUGAUUAUUGACUUAACAUAUACUCGCCGCUAUUAUAAGCCAGAGGAAUUACCAGAAAAUAUUCCUUAUUUAAAAAUUUAUACUGUCGGGCAUCAGGUUCCUGAUGAUGACACUAUUUUUAAAUUCAAAAAUGCUGUUAAUAGGUUUUUGAAAGAAAAUAAAGAUAAUGACAGACUUAUUGGUGUCCACUGUACCCAUGGUUUAAACAGGACUGGCUACCUCAUCUGCAGGUAUUUGAUUGAUGUAGAAGGCAUGAGGCCAGAUGAUGCAAUUGAAUUAUUCAAUAGAUGCCGUGGACAUUGCUUAGAAAGGCAAAACUACAUUGAAGACCUUCGGAAUGGUCCCAUCAGAAAGAAUUGGGAUUCCAGUGUAUCUAGAACAAGAGGUUUUGAAGAUUCAACACAUAUGAUGGAGCCAGUUUUCACAGCUACUAAGUCUUUUAACCGAAGACCUAAGCAUAACAUACAUCAGACCCAAGGUUACCCAGAACCUCGGCAUUUCCAUACCUGGACUCAAGAUUUACAGCAGUCCGAAAGAAAAUUUUCACGGAAUCAGAACAUUUACCAGAGAUGCCAUGUCCCUCCUCCUGGUCCCCCUGGAGAGGACUAUUUCCAGAGGAGAUACUCUUGGAAUGUAAAGCCAAAUGCCAGUCAAGGAGGCCCGAACCAAAGGUUUUCUCCUGGCAGUUACUACAGAGUACCCUAUUCAGCCUAUUAUAGAUGGGCCAAGUGA